CUCACAUUUAUCCCAACAUGCUGAACUGCACUUGGAUUUUUUAUUCCGCAUCAGGAAAUAAAAUGAAGGCAGUGAUUAAAGACUUUACAACAGAAGAAUCUUGGAACUGUGAGUGGGAUUAUGUCAGUAUUUAUGAUGGACCAGAUCAGCAAUCAAGAUUACUUGCACAUCUAUGUGGCUCCAAGAAAGAAUUUGUCUUAAUAUCCAGUGGUGCUUACCUGACUAUCAACUUUAAGACUGAUCAGUCCGUGGGAGAAAGAGGUUUUAAACUCAUUUUGGAAGACACAGUUCAGAAGCAUUCACAAAAAAGUAAUAUGGGGACCCAAUUGCCUAUUAAUGAGGUAACAGUAGAAACCAGUCCUGGAAAACAGCCAACCCCAGACACCUGUGGAAUUCCUGGUGUUGACCCAUUUCUAAUGGAAGGGUCUAAGAGAAACACAAAUGUGCUGCCAACUAGGCUGGGGGAGCCCAGGGUGGUUGGUGGCCAUGCAGCACCUGCAAAGUCGUGGCCCUGGCUGGUCAGUCUGCAGCACCAAGGACAACAUUUCUGCGGAGGUGCUCUGAUCGCCAAGCAGUGGGUCCUGACUGCAGCGCACUGUAACUUUAGUACCAUCACAGAUGGCCUAGUAAUAGGAAGAAGUUCCCUGUCAAACAUAGGAACCGGUGAUUUGCUACCAGUAAAAGCCGUAUACACUCACCCUGGCUUCACCCAGUUCCCUCCUACUGAUGAUCUGUCUUUGCUGCGUCUGGAGAACCCUGUUGAACUAGGAGAGUUUGUAUCUCUAAUCUGUUUGCCAGGGAAAUAUGAUAAAAUUAAUUUACUUUCCAAAUGUAUGACUGCUGGAUGGGGAAUAACUGAACCAUAUCAAGACGAAUUUUCUAAAACAAUGCAGCAGGCAGCUGUACCACUGAUCAGUAGUACAUCUUGUCGAAGUUACUGGGGACUGGAUAUUAAAAACACCAAUAUAUGUGGAGGGGCUGCAGGAUCAUCCUCAUGCAUGGGAGAUUCGGGAGGCCCUCUGCAGUGUGUGCAGGACGGACAAUACAAGCUCAUCGGUAUCGUGAGCUGGGGCAGCAGUAACUGCCAGCCCACUGCACCAACAGUCUUUGCCAGAAUUUCUGCCUACAGGGACUGGAUCACAUCUGUCACUGGAGGAGAAGUGUGAUCACUAAAGAGUAGCAUGGUGGAACUCUGUUCAUAAAUGGGAAAGGAAGUACCUAACAGCAUCUCUGAAAAAUAAGUCUCUGGUCAGUGUUAAAAGACCCAGUGACCCUUCCUCCAACCCUUGUCACAGAGGAGCUUGGAUUUGGUGUGUACAUGCAUUUAAUAUUAAACAUUGAACACAGAAAGAUAAUGUUGAUUCAUGCC